GUUCUCUUCUCCCCUACAGUCAAUGUGGCCUUAGGAGGAAUAGCAACACAAUCUUCUGUAUACAAUUAUUACCCUGCUUACUUUGCUAUUGAUGGCAACAGAGAAUCUAACGCUUAUCUCCUCUCAUGUACACACACAAAUUAUGAGUAUAAGCCAUGGUGGAGGGUGGAUUUGUUGGCGGUGUAUGAUAUUAGCAAUGUAAUCGUCACUAACAGAGGGGACUCCUCUCCGCAACGGAUAGAUGGUGCUGAGAUUCGCAUUGGAAACUCCUUGGUCAACAAUGGCAACAAUAACCCCAGAUGUGUCGUUAUCUCUAGCAUCCCUGCUGGUGCCUCUGCAAAUUACACCUGCAAGAUGAGUGGUCGUUAUGUGAACAUCAUCAUUCCCAAUGUUAGCCAGAUUCUCACGCUCUGUGAAGUGGAAGUCUACGGGGUUGCAGGUUACACUUUUAUAUUCAGUUCACAAUUUCAUAUUAAAUUUAAAGUCAAGUUAAAUUUUAUAACAGCUGCUAAAUAUCAACACUGCUAUUUUUUGUUAGUGCCUGUUACUAAGAGGGCAUUUCUGAGAUUGAAGUUUAACAGCAUUGAGGAUCUCAUGAACCCUACCGUGAGGGACAAAGUUCUUCAAAAGAUGAUAUCUGUCAAUGUCCAGCCAUCAGUAUAUCAGAUCCGUUGGACAAAGCAACCAGAACAGAAAACUGGAAUUUGAAAAAUGGUAGGAAAAAUCACUACUACUACAGAAAUAAUAAUAAUAACAAUAAUAAGUAUAUUAAAUAUAGCUGCAUGCAGCAGUUAUCGGAUUUCAAGCCCUUUAGGGCCCUUAAAGACGUUAAAAGAUAUUACUUAAUAUUAUGCAAUCCUAUAAGCACCUAUAUCAAAGAAAAACCAAGAUAAUUUUAAGAAAUAUCAGCUUUCAUUCAGCUUGUCUAUUAGUUGCUGAACAUUACUCGACCAAUGGCAGCCAUGUUUUUCAAGAUUCACAAUUGUCCACAUAUAUGCCUGCUGGACCUUGGAUAAUUCUUGCAACAUGCAUUUAUCAAGUCUGUUGUACCAGUGGUUCCACAUUUACUCUCAAUUUCCUAUUUUGUUCUGUUAUAGUGCCACCAACUGGUCACAAUCAGUAUUUUUUGAGAA